GGUUCUGGAGGUGACCCGGGGAGCACAGGAGAGCAGGGCCGGCAGAGCGGGGGCCCGGAGGGAGCUGCGGAGGGGCCCGGGUUCGAAGGGGAGCAGGGAGGAGGAGGAGGAGGAGGGGGAGCGGCAGAGAGGAAGAGAGGCAGACUGCGCUGAUGGAGGCUCCGAUAGAGAUGCUGGACAGGCAGAGAGACCCCAGAGGCGAUCAGGAGUCUGUGUGACCGAGGCUUCAAGAGAGACAGGAGGCUUGAGCUCCUGCAGGAAGAAGCCUCCUCUGAAAUGCCAGCAGGAGGAGCUGCUGGACAGCCUGGCUCGGAGUUCAGAGGUCGAGGAGGAUUCCGAUCGCUCCGACUCCGAGGUGGAAGGCGAUGGGCCGCUGUGCUGGCGCGGUACAGCCCGGCCGGAGACCCGAGCGAGGAGGAGGAGGAGAGGAGGAAGAGGAAGAGGACCAGCACGCCAACGACGCAGAACCAGCGACGCAUCAAUGGAAAAAAACAAGUGCUCAGUCAGCCCUGCUGUUCCAGGACCAGGGUGACCCGAGUCUGCCCCCCCUGCGCUCCGCUCGCUGAGCCCCUCCCAGUACUUCCGGCAGUACUUCAGCUGGGAGCUGUGGGAGAGCGUGGCGCAGCAGAGCAGCUCCAGGCAGGCAGGGGGCGCUGCGGGGAGAGUCAGCGCCAGGGACGUGUGCGUCUUCAUAGGAGCCAACAUCGUGAUGGGUACGCUGAAGCUCCCGUCUCUCAAGCUCUACUGGAGCUCCUCCACCCGGAUCCCGAUGAUCUCGGAGCGGAUCUCCCGGGAGCGCUUCUCCGCCCUGGGGAGCACCCUGCGUGUCUCCGGGGGGGAGGGGGAGGCGGGGGGGGCGGCUGUGGCGGGUCGGGCCGGCUCUGGAGAGCGUGCGGCGGGCGUGCCGGAGGUUGCCGCGGGAGACGGUCUGGCGCCGUGACGGAGCGCGCCGUCCCGUUAACCUCGAAGCACCGCGGCGGCAGGGGGGCGGCUCUGAGGGUUUCUCUGCUCCUGGGGGGGGCCAGCGGGCUGGUGCUGGACCUCCAGUUGGGCGGGGGACCCCUCUCCCGUGCCGACGCCGUCGCUCAGCUGGCGGAAACCAUCCCGGGAGACGGGGGUCACGUCCUGCUCCUCCCCCGAGCCGCCCCGCGGACGCUGGAGCUGCUGCUGCGAGGGGGGGUGCGCUCCAGCGGGGCUGUGGAGGGCGGCAGCCUGGGGGGGGCUGGCCGGGGAGCUGCUGGGGGCUGGAGGAGGAGAGCGGGAGGCCGUGGUGCGCGGUGACGGGAGGG